CAAGCCUUCACUACGUACGAAUACCCCAUAAUUAAGGAAUUUGGUGAAGAGAGAUCGAUCGAGCCGGGGGACAAUAUUCUUAGGAUUAUGGCUUCCAACGAGUACUUUUUGCUAGUGACUCUCUUAGUCUCCCUCUCCAUCUUUGGGUUCACUUUUUCAGAAGCUGAUCAAAUGGUUCCUGCAAUGUAUAUAUUUGGAGACUCCCUGGUGGAUGUUGGCAACAACAAUCACCUAAAGCUCUCAUUUAGCAAGGCAGAUCAUUUUCCCUACGGCAUCGAUUUUCCUCACCAAAUUCCGACCGGGAGGUUUAGUAAUGGCAAAAAUGGGGCAGAUUUUCUUGCUGAGAAAGUGGGUUUACCAACACCACCGCCGUAUCUCUCCCUUGAAUCCAACAAGGACCAUCACGCAUUUCUAACCGGUGUUAAUUUCGCCUCUGGAGGUGCCGGAAUAUUUGAUGGCAAUGAUAAACUUUACUAUCAGGCAUUACCUUUGACAAAACAAGUAGACGACUUUUCUCAAGUGUGUGACGACCUGAAGCAACGGCUAGGAUCCUCCGGUGCGCAACAGCUUUUAUCAAAAUCUCUCUUUCCCAUUGUGAUCGGAAGCAAUGACAUCACGGACUACUCUAAAUCCUCCGAUCUCCGCAAGAACAUCACCCCACAAGACUAUGCUGCUUCAAUGGCUCUCAAAUUAAAUCAACAAUUAAAGCGUCUAUACAGUUAUGGCGCACGUAAAUUUGUGUUGGUUGGCCUCUCAGUCAUCGGAUGCACCCCGUCAGUAAGGAAAGACAUUGAAGGAGAAGAAUGCAGCACAGAAAUAAAUGACUGGUGUUCUAACUACAACGAAGCCCUUAAAUCAAUGUUGCAGAAACUGGCAUCAGAACUGAAGGACAUCAAAUACUCCUACUUCGAUACUUACAGUAUCCUUAAGAACUUAAUUGACAACCCAGCUUCUUAUGGAUUUGUAGAGGUCAGAAGUGCUUGUUGCGGGCUUGGGCAUCUCCACGCUCAGAUUUUUUGCCUGCCACUUGAACCCUAUUGCCCCAGCAGAAGCGACCAUGUCUUUUGGGACGCACACCAUCCUACAGAAGCUUCUGCUCGCCUCAUUGCAGAUAGUAUGUUUCAUGGUUCUUCAACGUACACUUUUCCCAUGAAUGUGAGCAGCCUAGCUGCUGUUUAAUUAUGUACCCAUGCAUUAAUCUCCUGAGUGGAAGAGGGCUGAUCGAGUCCUCAAAAUUUUAGAAAAGAGCAUAAAAAGAUUGUGUACGUACGUACGUGUACAAUAUAUAUAUAUAUAUAUAUCCAAUGUCUUUUCUUCAGUGAAUUAAUGUACGUCUACUGAUCUAAAUUCAUGUUAAGGUAUAAAGAUCGAUGUCCAUCUGUUGUGUGCAAAGCAGUUGUUUCGCAUUUUCUUCCGAAAGAGAAAGAAAAAAGAAAGAAAGAAAUAAAAUACCUUCAAAUAUUGGAGUUUAUUGCUAAA